AUGGGGGACUGGAAUCUUCUUGGAGAUACUCUGGAAGAAGUUCACAUCCACUCCACCAUGAUUGGAAAGAUCUGGCUCACCAUCCUGUUCAUCUUUCGAAUGCUUGUUCUGGGUGUAGCAGCUGAAGAUGUCUGGAAUGAUGAGCAGUCUGGCUUCAUCUGCAAUACAGAACAACCAGGCUGCAGAAAUGUGUGCUAUGACCAGGCCUUUCCUAUCUCCCUCAUUAGAUACUGGGUUCUGCAGGUGAUACUUGUGUCUUCACCAUCCCUGGUCUACAUGGGCCAUGCAUUGUACCGACUGAGAGUUCUAGAGAAAGAGAGGCAAAGGAUGAAAGCUCAGUUAAGAGUAGAAUUGGAGGAGGAGUCUGAAAUGCCUAGGGAUCGGAGGAGAUUGGAGCAAGAGCUUUGUCAGCUGGAGAAAAGGAAACUAAAUAAAGCUCCACUCAGAGGAACCUUGCUUUGUACUUAUGUGAUACACAUUUUCACUCGCUCUGUGGUUGAGGUUGGGUUCAUGAUUGGACAGUACCUUUUAUAUGGAUUUCACUUAGAGCCUCUAUUUAAGUGCCAUGGCCACCCGUGUCCAAAUAUAAUCGAUUGUUUUGUCUCAAGACCAACAGAAAAGACAAUAUUUCUAUUAUUUAUGCAAUCUAUAGCCACUAUUUCACUUUUCUUAAACAUUCUAGAAAUUUUCCACCUAGGUUUUAAAAAGGUUAAAAGAGGGCUUUGGGGAAAAUACAAGUUGAAGAAGGAACAUAAUGAACUCUAUGCAAACAAGGCAAAAGAAAAUGUAGCCAAAUAUCAGAGCAUGUCUGCAAAUUCACUGAAGCGACUUCCUUCUGCCCCUGAUUAUAAUCUGUUAGUGGAAAAACAAACACACACUGCAGUGUACCCUCAUUUAAAUUCAUCUUCUGUGUUUCAGCCAAAUCCUGACAAUCACAAUGUAAAUUAUGAGAAAUGCAUUUUGGAUGAACAGGAAACUAUACUUUCUAAUGAGAUUUGCACACUUAGUACUAGCUGUAGUCAUUUUCAACACAUCAGUUCAAAUAAUAACAAAGAUACUCAUAAAAUAUUUGGAAAAGAAGUUAAUGGUAACCAGUUAAGGGAAAAAAGGGAAACCGAAGGCAAAGACAGCAAAAGGAACCACCACUCUAGAGGUCACUCUUCUAUUCCAGGUGUUGCUAUGGAUGGAGAGAACUACAGGAGGCAGUCACCCCAAACAGCUUUUUCCUUGCCAGCUAACUGCGAUUGGAAACCACGGUGGCUUAGGGCUACAUGGGCUUUCUCUAAAGAAGAUGAAAACUGCAAGUCACCUCCUAAAGGUAACCUCAAAGGCCAGUUCAGAGAGGGCACAGUCAGAAGCCUUUCUCCUUCACAAAGAGAGUCUCAAUCAAUUGACAUUCCAAACAUUGCUGAUUCUUUGGGAGAGCUGUCCUUUGAGCCAGGGUUAGUCAGAACUUGUAAUAAUCCUGUUUGUCCUACAAAUCACGUAGUGUCCCUAAGGAACAAUCUUAUUAGUAGGCGCGUUCCCACAGAUCUUCAGAUCUGAAUAGCGGUUGGCUUUUAGACAUUUUAUGUAUUAUCAUAGAAGUAACCUAGUGGUGGUGGGGCACAGAUAAAAUAGUUAAGGGCCGCUCUAAAGACCAGCUGUUAAAGAGAGACAACUGCAAACUUAUUUCAGCAAUGGAAAAACAGCUGAUUUUAGAUGGUGAAGAAACACUUCUAAAUUCAAAGACAUAAAGCUGCCAAAUCCGGAUUUUUUAAUGAUGUCCUUUCGAAUGUGUGUAACUGAUUUUGGGAAAAUCGUAUGUUCAGAAUUGAGGCUAAAUUGAGGCUAUUCUGGUUUUAUCUUUGAAGAGACCACAGCCUUAGGAAAUGGCUCUUGAUCUAUAUACUUCCACCUUUUAGUUAUGAAUCCUUUAUCUUUGAACACUGGGUUAAUUUUGUUUGCCCCUAGAACACAAUCACGUAGUUUCCUUCUGGAUUGGAUCCUGAUGUAUCUUGAGUAUAAUCACAUGUUGCUACCUAGUAAAUAAAAUCUUUAAAAGAUC